AUGUCCGAUACUGCUACAGAAAAAUCAGCAGGGUCUGGUGCAUCGAAGUCAAGCACAAAAUUGGGUAAGUUUACAACAGGUGAGAGCUGGGUUUCUCCCUUCAGAACGUCUAGUCUGUCGAAGAAGAAUCUUCAUAAGCAGUACGUCCAAGAUAAUUCAAUUAAUAGAAUUCAUGUUCCGAAGAAGUUUGCUAGUCACCCAACUUUGGAAGCCCAAAAGAAAGUCAAGGAAGAAACACCCGAGUCCGGUGGUGCUAAGGAGGAUCUCCUGGAAAAGACAGAAUCUAAAGUAGACGCUGGAGAAGAAGCUGAAGACGAAGCUAAAGAGGAGGACAAGGAGGAGGGAGAAGAAGAGGGUAAGAAAGAGGACGAAUCAGCUGAUGAGGAUGAGCCGAAAGCAAUUGCUGAUGAGGUUGCCUCGAAGACAGGUACAUCUGAUAUUGGUUCUGUAGCUGAUGAUGCUGAAAAUAAAGAAACUGUAUCAAAGGCUGCUGUAGAUAAGGUCGAACCGGUGGGCGAAAAGAAUACAGAGGCUGACGACGAGCUUAGUAAGGAACCCGAAGAAACCACUGUCGCAGACUCUGCUCCAGAUGAUAACUUACAAGAGAAAAUCAAGAAUGCCCCCAUUGAAUUAGUUACACAACCAUCUUUCAAAUAUGAACCGGUUACAGAACCCGAUCAAAAGGUUUUGCAAGAAUUUCAAGACAAACCGGCAUUACUAGCCCACUAUCAAGAGCUUAGUGCUACAGCAAUUGGUUCAGCUUCUCGUGCCUUGGACGACCCUAAUAAGGUAAUUGAUUUAGGAAGUGGAAUGAAGAUGACUCAACAACAGUUACUCGAUAUUGCAGCUGCUAGGGUCGCUCCUGUGAUAGCUAAUAUUAAUGAGCAAGUUGAUAAGACUAGAACAGAGGAUGAGAUAAAAAGACAGGAUGAAUUAGCGACUAAGGUUAAAGCACAGGAGAAAAAGUUGACGAGUGACUACGAGAAAUACAAGAAGAAGGUUGAAAAACAAAAAGCUAAAUUUAAUAAGGAUAUCGAGGAUAAACUUGCAGAGUUAGCCAAGAAAACGAAGAGUGCAGAGACGGCUGCGACAAACUUUGAGAAGACUACAAAAGAAGAGAUUUCAGAGGCAGACAGCGAAUUUAAAAAACGCGAGGCAGAGGCUGUCGAAAAACACUCAACUGAUAAGGAAAAUUUGAUCAAAAAUCACGAAGAGUUAGAGGCAACCAAGAAGCAAGAUUUAGAAGACGCCAAAGCGAACCAGGAAACGAUCACUCAAGAGAUCGAAGAGUUGCAAGAAAAAAAAACUGCUUUAGAUAACGAUAACUCCGAGUUAUCUACUAAAAUUGAGGAAUUGACGUCCGAAUUGAACGAAAAGACAGAGGAAUUGAGUGAUUUGAAGGCUAAGCAUUCUGAGAAGAAAUCAUUAAUCUCAAACAAUUUAGCAACAAAAGAUGAGUUGGAUACUAAAAUAGAUACAGCCAAAAACGAAUUAGCCGAAAAGCAAAAGAAACACGAUGAAUUGACUACUGAAGUUGAGCUGUUAGCUGGUACUUUAGCUCUCUUUUCUUCGAAAUUAUCCACAUUAGACAAUGAGAAGAAGGAGCGCUCAAGGAGAUUAUCCGAGGCUAAAAACCACUAUCACGAGUGGGAAAGUGAGAAACAAGAAUUAGCAAAGAAGGUUGCUAGAGAACACGAACAACAAAGAUUAGAAGCCAAGGAAGCGGCUGAAACCAAAAGAGUUCACGAAGAGCUUGAAAAGGAAAGGUUGAAGCGUGAAGAAGAAGCUAAAGCUGAACAGGAAAGAAUUGCUAAAGAGAAAGCGGAAGAAGAAGAAAGAGUUGCUAAGGAGAAAGCGGAAGAAGAAGAAAGAGUUGCUAAAGAGAAAGAAAAAGAAGAAGAAAGGAUCGCAACUGAGCAAAAGGGUAGAGAAUUAAGAACAAAUGGACCUUAUCUGGAAGCUAAGAGCGUCUCACUUGGGCUUGCGACAGCAGGGUUAGGGACUAGUGGAUCUAGUGACUUUGAGGCUUUGAAGCAAGAGAAUGAUCGUGUCCAUAAGGAGCGCUUGCAAAAAGAAGAAAAUGAAAGAUUGAAAUUGCAGGAAGAUAUUGCAAAACUCAAAGAAGAGAAGGAAGCUUGGGCUCGUUCAGAACAGGAGGAGUCUGAUAAACUCGCACUGUCUAAAGCAGAGGAAAUUAAAAAGCUCGAAGCUGAACACGAAGCAAGACUUGCGGCUUUCAGACAAAGAUUGGAGUUUGAGGAGUCUGAGAUGACAAGACUUUCGGAUGAAGUCGAAAAUUUGAAAAAAAUUAAACAGUUGAGAGCAGAAAAGGCAAGACUUGCGACUGAAAUUUCAACAGAUGGUAAGACUGAUGAUGUCCAGAAACUUAUUGAUGAAAGAGAAUUAGAACUAGCAAUGCUCAGCAAGCAGAUUAAAUUGGAACGAGAAAUUGUUGACAAAAAGCACGGUGACAAGAAUCCUUUUUUAGAUAGUGGCAAUGAAUUAUCAACAUCAGAUACAGGAGCUACGUCUAAACAGCAACUUCUGGAACCAAAAUCGGAAGUUGCCAAAGAGAAGGGCAAAAAUAAGAUAUCACCACCUGCUAUAAUUGUUGGCAGUGGCGCAGGGGUUGCUGCUGGUGCGGCUGGUGCUUCUGCUAGUAGUGGAAGUGGUGCUAAAGCAGGAACCAGUAGUAAAGCAGGGCAAUCUAAUGGGCAUGAAAGUUCCAAAUCCAAUAAUUUAUUUAAAAAACUUUCGAGAAGACUCAGUAAAAGCGAGUCUGGAGAGCAAAGAUCAGGAAGUGUUGGCGCGAAGAAGGACGUUUCAGACAAAAAAGUAGCCGCUAAACAAAAAAGUGACACUUCAAAGAGUGGUCCCGUUAGUAUAACCAAACAACCAGCUGGUGUUUCCGGAUCGAGGAGAACGUUGAACUCUGUCGCAUCAUCCGAUUACGACACCUAUUCUGUAUAUGAAGAAGUAAGUGAUGCUGAAUAUGAGGCUCACAAAAAUAAUCCCAACUACAUGGAGAUGAGUACUGAAGAAUUGAGUAAGAAAAGAACCCCAAAGAAAGUUUGA